AUGGCUUAUUGGGGAUUAGCUAUACCAGCGGCUAUCAGGGUCGUUGAAACCUUGUUAAACGAAGUAGCAGGAAAAAAAAAGGCACUUUUUUACAAAUACUAUGUUGAUCUUGUAGGUGAAUCACCCGCUGUAGUGAAUCCAUCAAAUAGUUCAGCUGAAGCAGCCGAAUUACGACAAGAACUAGCUGAAUAUCGCGCACAAAAUGCUAAAUUACUCUCACGAUUCGACACACUUACCGCAGAGAUGGAAAGAAAGAGGAUCACGACGUUUGAACAACUUCAAAAACGGGAUCAACAAGCGAAGAAUGAUCUCAUCCACUUGGCUCAGGAGACAAAGCCAGCUAAGUUGGAAGGUAACAACAUCGGUCUGUUCGGUUUGACCUCAACUGGCAAAUCUACUAUGCUCAACACUUUGAUCGGCAAAACUGUUGCCGAAACAGGUGCCGGCGAAACAACAACCACAAUUACACCACACAAAGGUUCAAAAUUCAUUCUUUGGGAUAUUCCUGGUCGAAAUGACGAAGUCUCUUACUUCAGUAUGGAGUACAUCUCUUUCUUCAAAGGUCUCACCCGACGUCUCAUUCUCAUUGGGUCGACGGUGAAAGAAAACUCGAGUUUGAUGAGACUUCUGGAUGAACUUGGACUGAAAUACACAAUUGUGUUCAAUAAGUUCGAUCUGGUGAAAGAUGCAGAGCAAAGCAAGGUGAAGAACAAGAUUGAAAGUGAAACGAAAGAACUUGGUGUGAAAGGAGUAGAGAAGAUCUACUUUGUUAGUGCUGAAAUUCCUGAUAUGUUUGAAGAUUGGAAGACUAUGGUUAAUCAUUUAGUGAGUCUCUGA